GAUUGAUAGAAACUCACCUGUUAAAAGCUUCCUAACAAGACCGCAGUUUCUGUUCUUUUCUCCACUUCACUUCAUGCGGUCCAAAUUUGACACCUUAAAUCUCAAUCUUCAGCCUUCUCAAGCUUUUUCAAAUAGUAUAUAUGCUUCCUAGAUAUCUCUCAUAUUGCAAAGAAGAUAUAAACCACCAAGUAUGCCACCAAAGGAUUCGAUGCCAUUAGAUACAGAUGAAAGUACCCACGAUACAUCAACUGCACCCACAACACCUGAUGGGAGUCUUACUUUCAGUCCCAUGUUACAAGCUUUGAGUUUAGAUGACGGGAUCACAUUCGAAAACUCUCUUAGAAAUGAGAGCUCAACGCCUCAUCUUGUGAAAAAUGUAUGUUGCGUAGGUGCGGGGUAUGUAGGCGGUCCAACAGCAGCUAUCCUCGCGCUUCAGAAUCCACAAAUAAUAUUCACAGUUUUCGAUAAAGAUACUUCUCGCAUAAAGCAAUGGAAUUCAAAACACUUACCAAUUCACGAACCAGGCCUAUCAGAGAUUAUACGUAUAUGUCGUGAUGGAUCGAGGGCAUUUUCAAUAUCCUAUGAUCAAUCGACUGAAAACGCCGAAUCAUCUUCUGAGGAUUUCUCCGAGCAUGCUAAUCACAUUCGCAUUCCAGCACGAUCGCCAAAUUUGUUCUUCUCGGACAAUGUCGAGAAAUGUCUGGGCGAAGCAGAUCUGAUAAUGAUCGCAGUCAAUACACCUACAAAAACUUAUGGGAUAGGUGCCGGAAAAGCAACAGAUAUGACAGCUGUAGAAUCGGCUGUGCAAGAUGUAGGAAAAUUUGCAAAACAUGGAGCUAUUAUCGUAGAGAAAAGUACCGUCCCUGGUCGAACUGGUGAUUUUAUCAAAGACAUCCUCGCAAUUCGCCGUCCUAAUGAAAUAUUCCCGAUCCUCUCAUCUCCUGAAUUCCUCUCCGCAGGCUCCGCCGUUCAAGAUCUCCUACAUCCAGACCGCAUUCUGAUUGGUUCUUCUUCCUCUCGCAUCUCAAGUCUUGCAGCCCAAUCCCUCGCUUCCCUUUACCACUGGAUCCCUCCCCAGAACCUAAUCCACACCACCACUGCCUCUUCCGAACUAGCGAAACUCGUUUCCAACGCCAUGUUAGCCCAGCGAAUAAGUUCCAUCAAUAGUAUUUCCGCGAUUUGCGAAGCUGUCAAUGCGGAUAUCGAUGAAGUGUCUUUGGCUGUAGGCCUAGAUUCUCGGAUUGGGGAUAAAUAUCUUAAAGCGGGAAUUGGAUUUGGAGGGAGUUGUUUUGGCAAAGAUAUUAAAUCUUUGAUUUAUUUGGCUGAGGGAUUAGGGUUGGAUGAAGUGGCGGCGUAUUGGGAGAGUGUGAUAAUGGUUAACGAGUGGCAGAGAAGAAGAUGGAUUGAGAGGAUUGUAAGGAAAAUGGGUGGUGGAUUGAGGGGAAAGAAGGUAGCGGUGCUGGGGUAUACUUUUAAGCAAGGUACUGGGGAUGUGAGGGAGAGUUUGGCGAGGAAGGUAGUUAGGAUGUUGGAUGAGGAGAAACCGGGGGAAAUUGUGGUUUGGGAUGACGGGUGUGAUAGGAAGGUAUUGAAGGAGGAGAUAAACGGAAUAGAGAGUGCGAGGGUAGAGGAGGACUUAUACACGGCUUGUGAGAUGGCAGACGCGCUUCUUAUUUGUAGGGAGCUGGAAAACUCUACAAAGAGGAAAAGUGAGGAAAAGAUUGAUCCGAGACCAUUUUUCGGAUAUCCUUCGGAAAUGGAUUUGUUGGAUUUCAGGAAAUAUUUAUUAUCGCAGUCUUGUGCGGAGGUGAGCAUGAAUGACCCACUAGGAAGGUUUUAUCCAGAACCACCUUGCGAGGAGAAUUGCGCAAAAUGCGAGCAUGGGAAAGACACAAAUACGGGGAAAGAGCAGGACAUCGACUGGAAAAGAAUAGUCAAGGGAAUGAAAACACCACGAUGGAUAUUUGAUGGAAGGGGUGUUGUUAAUAGGACUGAACUGGAGAAUAUUGGAAAAGAUGUUGGAGUAGAGGUUAGGGUUGUAGGAGUGGGGAGGCAAGAAUGGUAGAUUGAUCAUUGGUCGGACAUAUGGUUAUCUCAACAGAGGAAAAUAUGGUGAUUGAUGGAAUUAUAUUGCA